UGCAAAGCUGUAUAACCGGUCAGCAGGUCAAGAGUAAAUACAGGAUAUAGAGUGUGACAUUGCGAUUCCAAGGACAUUUGUAACACUUACCCUUACCAAGGUUUCAGAAGAAAUGUCAUGGGGAAAUGGUACAUGCUCAAAAGUUUUUUCCCAGUAAUGCAGUCGUUCCCGAAACAAAAACAGGUGGGGUUUUUUCACACCGUGUAAUGAUUUAGGCUUGUAGAAUGACAGAUACUCAAGAAAACAAAAUGGAUUAUUUUUAUCAGCGGCAUCAAAAGGAAACCCUGUCUCAUACCUUUGCUAGAUCCCGACUUCUGGUCAUUUUCAGCACAAUGAUCUUCACAUUGUCUGUGUACCCAGUGCUGAGGAUGUUGGGUGCUCAGAUUCACGUUUUUGUGAGCGGGGGUUAUAUGAGUGGACAGCACUCGGUGUUGCUCAUCAACUGUCCUACUGAGCAGGCUGCUAAAGAUAUUGGAAGACACAUCAUGGAGAAAAGGAUGGCAGCAUGUGUGAAUGUUCUUCCCCGUACCUCUACCAUGUACUACUGGAAAGGAGAGAUUCAAGAUGCUUCAGAAAUACUGCUGCUUGUGAGAACAAGAACAUCUGUGAUUCAGAAACUCACUGACUAUGUAAAAGCUAUGCAUCCAUAUGAAAUUCCAGAAAUCAUCAGUUUUCCCAUUGAAGAUGGAAGUAUGUCCUAUUUCAAGUGGAUGGAUGAUGCAGUUCCUGAAGUAUGAAGGACUCAUAUCUAUUAUCCAGUAAAGGCGCAUCCAUAUCAGAUACUUUGUACCACAGAAGAGGUGUAGUAGCAAAGAUAGAAAAGAUGAUUUUAAAAGUGAAUACGAGUUGGCAUGAAUGUUGCUCAAUAUCCGAGCAAGCAUAUUACUACAGGGAUGCUGAAGUUAAACGAAUGGUUUAAUUCACUGAAUAAUCGAUCAGCCGAUCAACAUUUCUGUCUCCAGUCAUAGUGAGCAGUAAUAAAACCAUUGUGGAAUGGUGUUUAAUUGGACAAUGUUCAGAAAACUAAUUUAUUAGAACACACAUGCACUAUUGCGAAACAGCCUACAUCAGCUUGAAAAUAUCUGUAUCAUACCUAUUUGAGCACAGAGAUAUUAAUGUUAAUAUUACUUUUAAGACUACACAGAUAAACUUUCAAAUAAGCUACAAGCUACAGUUGAGUCACAGCCUAAAAGAAGAAAUCAUGUAUGCAGUGCCUUUCAAGCUUCAUAAACGUUUGGGCCCAAGACAAAGUUUGUCGUUUGAAAUUGUUCAUUUUUGCUGUAAAUUACAAUAAUUAAUUAAGAACAUAAGGUGAGUCCAUGUAUGGCUAUUCUAAUUAAGUUGAUUAAUGUAAUUACAUUAUUUCUAAUAAUAUGCAUAAUUAAUACAAUAGCUUGUAGUAAUCCUCUGGUUAUAGAAAUGUUAUUGUCACAUUUCUAUGCAUUGAAAAGCUUUUACUACAGAAUAACAAAGAAAUAACCUGUUUUUUGGAAGGAGGUAAACCCUGUACCUUGUUUUCAAGUGCACCAUGGUAACACUCUGGUAUCUUGCACAAUGUUUGUAAUGUUUAAAAUCUCAACAUACAGUGUGGAGCCACUGAUGAAAAAUAAAUAACAAACAAAACAAAAAAAAUGCAAGCUGAGAAAACUCAGCAAUGAAUCAAUCUUCAAACAAAUGCAAACAAACAUGUAGGUUUAAAUAAAUAUUCAUUGUUUAUGAUGUUACCUGUUUGUGACUGUGUAUAUGCGACACAUUUAGCACUGCGCUAGUUCUGUACAGUGAUGUGUAUUAUAUAUGCCACAGUAGCUGCUGGCUCAAUGCCAUACAGUGAUAUGUAUUUAUACAACAGUUAGUUCCGACCACACGAUCUGAUUGGUUGAGUAGCAUUCCAAAACUGUAUCACCCCGCUGACUCGUUUAGCCUGCAGCCCAUUGGGUUCAGGCUUUUUUAGUGAGGGUUACAUUAGGUUAAAAUCCUGUAAACUUUAAAGCCACUUUACCAAGUUUAGAUUGUACUGUUAGAACAUCAAAGUGUAUAAAGCAUGGAAUGUAAAUCAUACCAAAUCUUAUUUGUUAAUGAAAAUACAAAUAUGAAGGUAGCUGGCCAAUAAUUGCUUUGUACACAAAAACAUGAGCCAAUGUAUUUCUCUUCUCACUGAGCAGCAUUCAGCCUGUGAUUUAAUAAAGUUCAC